AUGUUCGCGAAGGAAGAGGAGGAGGAGGAAGAGGAGGAGGAGGAGGAGGAGGAGGAGGAGGAGGAGGAGGAGCAGGAGGAGCAGCAGGCGGCUUUGCUGCGUGGCAUGCGCAUCACAAAUGCAACAGCAGUGCAGUCCUACAUCGGCAUGGCCAAGCAAAAGUUGGUUGUGGUGGUCGUUCCAGCGACGAACGAGAGAGGGGCCAACCAAUCCCAUCAUCAUCGUCAUCUUCGUCCUCCUCAUCUUCCAGAACCAACAGCAAGGGGACGCGGCCUAGUUGGUGCCAUGCUCACUCUGGAACAUCAACAAGGAGAGACCCACCAGCAGCCCCACCAAUCCGUGGGGCGGUUGUUCAAACUUGCCGGUGGGGCUGACCAGGACGAUUUCUUCGUUGCUCCCAAACGGCCGGGAAAAUUACCAGUUCACAUGCAGACAGCGAUGGCCUACCAACAACAGAAUCAUGAGCUGGGCGUUAGGCAUAAGACUUCCGUCCAACAAAUUCUAAACCGUCAGCAGCAGAGUCUCUCCAUCCACUCUACCACGGCUCCCGCCGCUCUUGCUGGCCAGAAACGGCCUUAUCAUCAUUCUUUGCUCCUCCAUACCCCUUCUGAACCCCAACAAAGCAUCUCCCCCUGCAACAAUGUCAAUAGCAAUAGUAAUGGCUCCUCCUCGGCUUCGUCAUCAACAAGCCUAGCACAACCACCGCCCCCAAAACGUCCAGCCUUGCUGCACCCCCCUCCCAACCAACCGCCCCGCCUAACCGCCAGCCGCAUCGAGCACCCCUCCGGCGGCCCAGUCCCCUAUGACGGAACCUCCGAGUACUCCCAGCGCCAGGCCAUCUCGUGCACGCCCACGCCGACCCUCGACCCGCUCCUCUCCUUGUGGCACCCGGUCUACGGCCUGCCCCGCAAGCUUGUCGCGAACCUCUCCGCGCUAGGUAUCAAGUCGAUUUACCCGUGGCAAAAGGCUUGCCUGCUGGGGCCCGGCCUGCUCGAUGGGGAGAAGAAUCUGAGGGUACUGGAGGAUAAGGAGGCGAAGGCGAUUCUGGUGCUGCCGUAUGUGGCGCUCGUGCAGGAGAAGGUGAGGUGGUUAAGGAAUGUGGUGAGUGGGAUUUCGAGGGAGGAGUUGGGGCAGGGGGAGGAAGAGAAGUCGGGGGGGUUGUGGGCGACUAGGCCGGAUAAGGAUACCAUACGGGUUGUGGGGUUCUUCGGAGGGAGUAAAAUCAGGGCGACGUGGGCGGAUUUUGAUGUCGCUGUUUGCACGUUUGAGAAGGUUAUGCUGUUUGGCUACCUUAUCGAUCUGUUACUGACCGUGCAGGCUGGUUUGACAACGGAGGAGCGUGAGCUGGUCGCCAAAGCGUAUGAUGAGGGCGUGUUGAAGGUUUGCGUCGCAACAUGCUCUCUAGCCGCGGGCAUCAACCUGCCCGCCAGACGAGUGAUCCUCCACAAUGCUCGCGUGGGUCGAGAUCUCGUCGGACCAGCUAUGCUCCGUCAAAUGCGUGGCCGAGCCGGCCGUAAAGGCAAGGACGAAGUAGGAGAGACAUACCUCUGUUGUCGCAAGAGCGAUCUUGAAGCCGUCAUCGACCUGAUGCACGCCGACCUCCCACAGAUUUCCAGCUGCCUCAUUUCAGACAAGCGCCGGAUCCAGCGGGCCCUCCUCGAAAUCAUCGCUAUCCGCCUUGCCACCAGCCGCGGGUCAUUCGACGACUAUAUCAGCAAAACCAUGCUCUCACUGACGGCCGACCCUACCGAGAUCCAGGAGCACGUCGAAGCCAGCCUGGCCGACCUGCAAGAGAUGGAGUUCAUCACGGUUGACGAGCGAGAUGGCACUUACCAGGCUACGCAGCUGGGCAAGGCAGUUGUCGCGUCUUCGCUGAACCUGGAGGACGGGAUCUUCAUCCACAAGGAGUUGAAGGCCGCACUGCAAGCUUUCGUGCUUGACGGCGAGAUGCACGCGCUGUACAACUUCACGCCGGUGCAGGAUCUGGGUAGCGUCCCGAUUAACUGGCGAGUGUUUUGGAAUGAAAUGCAGCAGUUGGACGAGAGCGGGCUGAGGGUUAUGCGGUUCCUAGGGUUGAAGCAUGCUACCGUGAGCCGGAUGCUCCAAGGCGGCACGCUCAGCGAAUCCACGCCCGAAGAAAAGGAGCUCUCGCGACGAUACCACCGGUUCUAUCUCGCGCUGCAGCUGCGCGAUCUCUGCAAUGAAAUACCCAUCCACCGCGUUGCAAAGAAGUAUGACAUGCCGCGCGGCUUUGUGCAGAGCCUGGCGCAGACAUGCAAGGGCUUCGCAGCAGGAAUGAUUAAGUUUUGCGAGACCAUGGGCUGGGGUGCCAUGGCAGCGGCCCUAGACCACUUCUUUGACCGGCUGGAGGCCGAGGCCCGGUCGGAUUUGCUUGCCUUGGCAAAGAUUACGCUUGUGAAGAGUCACACGGCACGCGUUUUCUGGGAGAACGGUUUCAAAACCGUCGCGGCUGUGGCCAACGCGGACCCGCAGGAAUUGCUCCCUAUCCUGAUGCAGGCACAACCAAACAAGGUCCGGCUUGGGACUAAGGACGAGCAGAAGUUGAAGGAGAAGUUGCUUGCUAAGGCGAAGGCCAUCUCAGAGUCGGCGAAUCGGCUAUGGCAGCCGGAGAUGCAGCAGGAUAUUUAUGAUGGGGAGGAGUAA